ACUUUUUCAUGACCAGUUUUUCACGUCCGCAAACACGCUCCCCUCUUUCUUUCUUUCUCUUUCCUUUCCUUUUCUUUUCUUCCUUUCCGCCAUCUCAUCCACUCCUUCAUUUUUUUUUCCUUCCUGCUGUACUUCUCUGCAUUUGCCGCCUUUCUCUCACAUACAUUUCGCGUCUUGAAAGUGUCGUGAUUAUUUGUCUCACACUACUUGAUGUCUUUUUGGAUAACAGCCAUACCACAACAGUAGUCAUGUCGCCUCCUUCACAACAGACUGCUCUACAUGUAUACGUUGAUUUUGACAGCACAGUCGUCCUUCAGGAUACGGGCAACACACUCCUCGCGCACGAGCUGGGCGAGCAGGAACUGGAUCGGCUCGACCGCUUGCCUGAGACGCAGCCUGGGGAUGUGAGCUUUAGGAAAGCAGAGGAGAUGAAAUGGGAGCGCCUCCAUUUAACGAUUAAGGAAGCGGCAGAUAUCCUCAUCGACCCCAACGCCGACGUAUUAAACCCUGAAAGAAACACGAGUAGGGUCCCAUUUGACGAAGAGAACGGAGGACCUAAACAGUCAUAUUACGUGCAGCUGGAUCCAGGAUUUAAGGAGUUCCAUCGAUACUGCCGAGAGCAUGCGAUCCCUAUCACAGUCAUCAGCAUAGGAAUUCUGCCAUUGAUUCAGGAGAUGCUGGAUCGUUUCUUGGGAGUUGACCAUGGGAUCGAAAUUCGAGCAAAUGGAUUGACCUUUCGCGAAGACGGAUCGUGGAGAGUUCUAUGGCGCGAUAGCAGCCCAUAUGGCGUAGAAAAGGGCCGGGCCCUUCGUGAAGCCAAAGCCAAUGAUCUCAAAAACCCAGAUUCAGAUCACAUUCUGUAUUGCGGUGAUGGCAGCUCAGAUUUUCCCGCAGCGUUAUCGGCAAAUAUUGUACUGGCACGAAAAAACACCUCGCUGGAAAGACUUCUUCGCGCGAACCACAUCUCACAUAAAUCAUUCACGACGUUUGACACGGUCAAAGACGCGGUGAAGGACUGGCUAGUGGAACACUCUUCCGUAGUGAGUGAGCCAUGAAACGAGCACUUGCAUACCUUAUACAUAUGAUAAUAAAAAUAGGAAAAAAAAAAAAAG